CCAUAUUUGCCGGUGCUGCUCUGCUGUAAACAAAAAGUGUCUGAGGGAGACAGAGACGCUUCAUUGGAUUUUAGGACGAUUUUUAUUUCUUUAAUUUAUAAUGUCUCUAGGAAUGUCUUACAAGCCCAACCUCCAUCAGCAUGUUCUCGGAACUUCCGUGAACCAAGGCUAAUGAUUGAUCUGGAUGUGGACCGUUCUUUGACCCUUUGGUGACACCCAGUGUUCUCUGAGCCUCAUUGCAUCUCCAUCUCACCCCCCAUACAGUCUACAUGUAUGUCAAGUUAAAAUGGACAAAAUUGCUGUUGUUCACUCUACUUCAACAAGCAUAUCAACACUGCAAUCUUACAGGCCAGUAGUGAAUGACUAUGGACCACCAUCUUUCAGCUUUUCACAGAGUUCAAGUGGAAGUCAAGUGCCUCAGAGUAAAUAUGCAGAAUUGCUAUCCAUUAUUGAAGAGCUUGGGAAGGAGAUAAGACCAACUUAUGCUGGGAGCAAAAGUGCCAUGGAGAGACUAAAGCGAGGGAUCAUUCAUGCCAGGGGGCUUGUACGUGAAUGCUUGGCAGAAACAGAGAGAAAUGCAAGAUCCUAACAGGCAAAGUGCAAUGUUAUUGAAUUUAAUUGGACCAACUCUCCAGACUGAAGAUCUACAAGACUCAAAAGACGAAGCUCUUAGUCAAUACUUUUCUUGGAUUUUUUUUUUUUUUACUGCGAUGGCACGUUGGGCUUUGACCAAAAAAGUGACCUAUGAGCUGUACUUGACAUGCAUUUCCUUGUUUUAUUUGUGUUCCUCUUGGAAAUGCCUAAUUUCAAUAUUACUUGUAUGAAUAAAAAAUGAUGAAAACAAAGAAAAUGCAUGUUAUGUAGCAAUGCCCCUAUCAUUUAAUGAAACGUGCAUGGAUUUUAUAGUGUAAGAGUGUAGGGCAUUUUGACAAUGGAUGAGUUCUACCUAUAGCUAAUAUACUUAGUAGUUACUAACUAUGUUACUAUAGUAAAUAUAACAUAUACUAUAAUAGUUACAGUAUCUUUUUACUAUAGUAGCUAUAGCAUCUUUUAAACGUAUUAAAGCAUGAGUGACAGCAAAAGGGAUAGGUGCUUUUAGCAUCGCGGGUGUAUUUACAUACACUAGUGUUGCUUUCAAUUGUAUUUGGUUGCACAAAAACAGUCCGUGGGAAGCCAGAAGUGAUCCAUUUCAUCUUACUGUGCCGGUGGGCAGGACUGUUGGUAAUUAUGGCGGGGGUAUUUUGAGACAAAAUAUCUAAUGGAUCGUAUUAUUCAAUACACUUUCUGCUUACCUCAUGUCAAAAUAAAAGUCCUGCACGUGUGCCAUAUGUGGACAAAAAAUAAAUAACUUGUGGGGGACUUUUUUUUAACAUGAGGUAAGCACAACAGUCCCACGUUUGGAAAGUCUGUUUAAUAAUACGAUUCUUUAGAUAUUUUGUUUAAAAUCCCCCCCCCCGCCAUGAUGACCAACAGUCCUGUCCACCGGCACAGUAAGUCUGGCUUCCCACGGACGAAUGUUGUGCAACCCAAUACAAUAGCGUUGCUUUCAAGUGUAUGUACAAAAGGAAUAGUGCCAAACACACUGUUAAACACACCACAUUAUGGAUAAACUAUUGUACUAAAGUCAUUGUUUGCAUCUUUGUAUUUAUUGCCCAGUGUAAUACAACUUAUUUCCAUUAAAAUGAUUGAAAAUA